AUGCAACUCACCCCCCUCCUCUCCAUCCUCAUGGCCACCACCGCCGCCCUCGCCACCCCGCUCUUCCCGCGCGCCAACCAGCAAGUCUCGGGCGCCGAAGUAACCGACACGACCUGCACCGACCCAUCAGCCACCCUCGACACCCACGACACCAACGUCGCCAUCCUGUCCAUCUGCGGCGGGAUAGCCGGGUCGAUCCAAAAGUGCGGCGGCAGCCCGUCGAGCACGACGGGCGAGAGCGGGACGGCGCGCUUCGACCUGUCGACGACCGACGCGGGGGCGACGAUCAACAUCUCCAAGGGGCGGUGGGAGCGCUGCGUGAAAGCGGCGAGGCUGACGUGUCCGACGGGGACGUUUGAGAGCACUUGCAUCGGUGGCGCGACGAGUGGGGAUGUCAAGUUUACGCUGUCGGAGGCGUGA